UCCACCCCAGAGAGAGUCACCACCUCAGACAGAAAGAGAUAGACACAGCAGACUUAUCACAAACCAGUCAGACACCUAAACGAGCGGACGCCUGCGUUCAGAGACAACCAUAUCGGACAAAGUGUUCAACUCGAGGACCAUCAUACGUUUCAGGAGGUCGGCCGCGGAUAUACAUCCAACAACAAACAUCCUACAUCCAGAACAUUGAGUCUUAACAGGGCUGACACACAACGCAGUACUGGAUUCAGAAAAGAGUGCCAGCAUGGACACCCUCCAGGGGAGAAAACCAAAGAAACCACAUUACAUUCCACGACCUCCUGGCAAGCCUUUCAAAUAUCAGUGCUUCCAAUGUCCCUUCACCUGCAACAUCAAGUCUCAUCUCUUCAAUCAUAUGAAGUACAACCUGUGCAAGAACUCCAUCUCUCUGGUGUCUCAACGCAUGGAGCAGACAGGAAAAUCACCUAGAGCUCCUCAACGUAACCUACCUUCUUUACAAAACAGUAAAGAAUCACCCCUGGAGGUUGAACAUCUUGAGAAGAACAAAACCAACAACACUGAACAAGCAGAAAUGGGUAAAGAAACAAAGGAAAAGCCCGAAAGUCCUAUAAAGGAGAUCAACAAUGCUGUUCUUGAACCAGUUAGUGAGACUAUAGACAAAACUUCAAACAUCGACACUCAACAGAACAAAAUAUCUUCAGCUUUCUCACCGGUUUCCCGAACGUGUGAAAACGAAGUGCUACCGCUCCCUCUGCACAAAGAUGAUCAAUCAACACCAUCCAUUCCUCAGUUCUACCAUCAAAUGGCACCCUGGGUCCCUCCCACUUCCACAACACCCCUACUUCCUCUAAUGCCAGAAUAUUCCCCAUACAUGGUGACAGAACGCCCCCUGCAUUCUGUUUACACACAUUAUUUACCAAACCAACCAAACACUACAGCCUUCAAACUCACACCCCGAGAGACCCAGAGACCCCUUGUUCCAUCACCUCUGGUCCCUCCCAGUACAUCCCUUUUCCACCCAUAUCACUACAGAUAUGGGCAUUCUAUUAUUCCCGGUCCACCAUUACCCUUCAGCCUCUAUCAACACAUUGAACUGCCCAUGCCCCUCCAGAGGUCUAGGUAUUUACCUUUGGAUGCAUACAACAACAGAUUUUACCCCAGAGAGUAUGGAGGGCAUUUAGCCCAAUUAAAUCAUUCUGACUCUUACAGUAGGCUUACCGAGGACAGAGGAAUCCAGGAGCACAAAGGAGACAAGGGUACCCGCCAGAGUCCUUUAGCCGGCUGUGCUGCCUCUGGGUCUCCAGACAGACCCAGUGCUGCAGAUUUCACCCAGCGUGUCCCUGUUACACUAAGGCACACUUCCCAUGGGCAGACACUUAUAGUCAGCCAAUUACAGCAUGGUAUGCAAGGGGCUUCAGCACAAACCACAGCAGCCAACAGCUUACCCAAGAAGCCAUGUGGACAAGAUCAAAAGGAUGUGUUACCAAAUAGUGAGAGUAAUGAACCCGCAACCACAGUUUCAGCAAGAAGCAGUGACAUUUCAUCAGAGAAGAAAGAGGAUGAAGAGACAGAGGAUGAGCCAGGACCUCUCAACCUAUCGAAGAGGGACCAGGCCACAUCCAGAAACACAAUGCACCAUGAUCCUGAGCACGAGCUCCAUUCUGAUUCAGAAAGUAGUCUAGAGGAGGCACCACUCAACCUCUGCCUCAGGGCAGAGACCAACAUUAAAGCCCUUCCCGACACAACAGCAGAAAAAGAACCCAAUUCUGAGAUAUCUCCAGCCAGAGAACAAGAUCUAGACCCUUGUGAUCAGAGGCACUCCGCAGCUUUUGCUCUUUGUCAGCUUGCUAGCUCAAGGGACGUUAUCAACGAGUCCCCCAUUGGCCAACAAGAAAUGACCAAGGGCCAGAACAUCAAACACCUUUCUUACACAGAAAAGCAUCCAGCUAAGGACACUCCAGACAUGCACAAACAGGGCACUCAAGCACCGGGGCAAAAACGGGCAAGAAGCAGACCUCUGAGACACACUGCCAAGAAAGCAAGGGUAAAAGAACCAGCCCGGGCUCAAAGGAAAAGGUCGCAAAACUGCUGAUGCAAAGAUUUGAAAGCCUGGACAUCUGCAAUACUCUACAAAGACUUUACAGAAUGAUGAGCAGCAGUUACACUGAAUAUAUCAAUUACUACUGUAUUUAUGUCUGUACAAUUUUUUUGUCAAUGGAGUGUUUACUGUUGAACUAAAUAUUCUUGUAAAUAUUCUGCACUGAUUGGAAAAGAAAGCAGUCCAGAUUGUUCAUUUUGUUCACUUGGACACACUUAGAAAAACAUGUAACUGUGCAUUAGAAGGAACUAGGUGGUGGCAUUUUUAAAUAAAGAGGCUUGUCGAACAAGAUAUUUAAAUAGUGUUUGCAUAAAGUGUAUCUGAUGUUUGCUUAUGAAU